CUGAUGUUUUCCUUGCAUUUUAGAUGGACUUUGAGCUCUUCUUAGCAAUUACAUUUACCUGUGACAAUUUAACUGAUUUACAAGUUAAACUGGCAUAAUUUAUGGGAAUAUUUAGAUUAUUGGAUUUUUUUUUCCUUGGGGAACUUUGCGCUUUCCUGGAGAUAACUAUUCUUUUUUAUGCGUAAAAUAUUUUUGUUUGGGUCAUUUUAAGAAACAGAGACCCGUUAGCAGACACUUUGCUAUCUUGUGCAAGUGAAACGGGUUUGAUGGAAACAUGACCAAAGCCGUAACUGGGCCGGUUAUCCUGCACACCCUAUGCCUGCUCCCGUUCCUGCUACUUCACGUCUCACCGGUGUGUCUGUCUGCGCAGCACGGACAUCCAGUGCGCUACUUCGGCCAGAUAGCGGAGAACUCUCCAGCUGGGACGCCAGUGGAAGGGGUGGUAAUUUCUGUCACAGCUGCAAACUGCCCCGGUGCGAACCUCACUGCCAGCUUGAAGGGAGAUUACGCGUCAGAUUUCAGACUUGUUCACUACCGCGGGCAUCGGGUCCAUCGAGGGCAAUUAUGUUUGGUCUCCGCAAAAGCACUGGACCGGGAGUUUAUAGCUAUGUACGAACUGAUGGUGGAGCUGCCAACUCGGUGUAUGAGGAGACGAGCCAUCGUCCAGAUUGAGGUGUCCGACAAGAACGACAACAUCCCUCGGUUUACCAGCGGGAACAAGACGAUUGAAGUAGAUGAGUUAACGCCGCCCGGAACCGAGCUGGCUCGCUUUGACGCAAAGGACGGUGACGCGGAGAGCAAUGGACAUGUCACUUUUUACGCAUCACCGGACUUGUACCUGCUCCACGUGGAUCCACAAAACGGACAAGUGAGCCUAGCAGGAUCUCUCGCUGGAUUCAGACAGGUGACUUUGCGCCUUUACGUGAAGGACGGAGGAGAUGUAGCACUGAUAGGUGAGCCGGUGUUCUUGCGCAUCAACGUCCGCCGGUCCAACAGAGCGCGACGGAUGCCGCGGGCUCUGUCCGAAGAGCUGACCUACACAGUUACCGUUCCGGACCACGUCAGAGUUGGCGACCUAGUGUUCACAGUUCCUGACCAGAGGUUCGAUCAACGGUGGUUUGAAGUGAUAUCCGAAGCCGACUCACCAGUCCAGAUCGAGCGGGAUUCGGGGCGUUUGUACCUGGCGCGCAGUCUGCGAGAGCCCGCCGAGGUGGUGGUGAAGAUUCAGAACCUCCGAGGUGAUGACUGGUACCUGUGCAGGUUAACUCUGAGCAUGCCUAGUCAGGCUGACCUGCAGUGGGCGAUGUUUCCCUCACCUUACCUGGGUGCUAUUGGUCCUGAUGCAACACCAGGCUCCGUAGUGUAUCGACUGUCAGCACGACAACGAGAUGGGACACUAGGACGACCUCAGUUCUUCCUACUUGAAGGUGAUGAGGAGUGCUUCGAGGUGGACCAUCGUUCUGGGGAGAUCAGGACAACCGGUCGACCUUUGACCCCCAGUAAGGAGUACCUCCUUCGGGUUCAGGCAGUGGAUGGACAUGGUCGUAAAGGGCCACCAGCCACUGUUGCUAUCCUUGCAGGCUAUCGGCCACCGCAGUUCACCAACUCCACGUACAGCCUGAAUGUACCAGAGAACAUACCCGUUGGCCAACCAGUUGCAGUUGUCCAUGCUGUCUCCUUCCAGAAGAAGAGUCUCUCAUACAUGCUACUGGUUAAUCCAGGGAAUUUGUUUAGCAUCAACCAGGAGAGCGGAGCGCUUAGCCUCACCAGGAACGUCGACUAUGAGAGUGGUCACAACCUGCACACCCUGCAGGUCCGAGCUUCUGAACCCGACACCGGCCUUAGCAGCGUGGCAGAGGUGGUUGUACACAUAACGGAUGAGAAUGACUGCACACCAGAGUUACUCCACUCUAUCUACACCAGAGACAACAUACCUGAGAGCAUCGCACCUGGAACCUCACUGCUGCAAGUACUUGCCCGGGACUGUGACUCCGGGAUAAACUCGGAGAUCUCAUACUUCGUUCCCAGCAGUGACUUCAGCAUCACAUCUGGGGGUGUGGUCAGCCCCGCCCGUCGUUUGGACUAUGAGCGCCCUAAUCACAUCUAUGAGUUUUUGGUGGUUGCAGUGGAUGCAGGAACACCCCCUCGCACCGGGACGGCCUCAAUCCGCAUCCGAGUCGCCAACACCAAUGACGAGGCACCCAUCUUUUCACAGAGCGUUUAUAAAACCUUCCUAAGUGAGGAUGCCGGUCCUGACACUCUGGUUGCCAUCGUUCAUGCCAACGACCCGGACGGAGAUGGCGUCUCCUACGCCAUCACUGGAGGCAAUGAGGAUAGCAAUUUCCUGCUUGACAACCAGAAGGGUAUUAUUAAGCUGCGGCGGAGUCCUCCUCCACGCCUGAGGGGACCACAGUACGUCCUCAACAUCACUGCCACGGAUGACAACGCAUCUGGUGGGCCAUACCCACUCAGCAGCUCAGCGCAGGUCAUUGUGGGAAUAAAUGACAUCAACAACAACAAACCACUGUUCAAGGAGUGUCAGAACUAUAGCCUGAACGCAGCAGUCCUGGAGAAUCAGCCUCCAGGAACGUUCGUCCUGCGCGUCCAGGCUCAUGAUGCUGACAUGGGCGUCAAUGGAGAGGUCAAAUAUGGCAUAAUGAACAGAGAUGGAGUGGCAUCUGGUUUUGAUAUUGAUCCUGAUACUGGUGUGAUAACCACAGCAGUGAGUUUUGACCGGGAGCGUCAGAGGGAGUAUACUUUGUCUGUGACGGCCACCGAUCAAGCAGAAGAGCCGCUCAUUGGAAUCUGUCAGAUCACAGUGCAGAUCUCAGAUCAGAAUGACAACGACCCAAAAUUUGAAAACAGCCGCUACCAGUACUUUCUGAGAGAAGACACUCCAGUUGGAACUAGUUUCCUGCGAGCAGCAGCUCAUGAUGAUGACCAGGGGAGCAACGCAGCAAUCACCUAUUCACUGUCCAGACAGAAGCCGGCUUACCUGCACAUCAACCCCAGCACUGGGUGGAUUUAUGUCAACCAUCCGAUCUCUCAGACAUCCAGAAUCAACCAGCAGAUUGUGGCCUCAGAUGGAGGGAACCGCAGCAGCUCAGUGGAGCUUACUGUUAUCAUCACAAACGUCCACAAUCAGCCACCACAGUGGGAGCAGUCCGAAUACUGGGUCACUGUGCCGGAAAACACCGUCCGAGAUGCCAAGAUAGUGACCAUCAAGGCAACAUCUCCCCUCGGUGACCCCAGGGUGACCUACAACCUGGAGGAGGGUCAGGUACCGGAGACCAACAUGCCAGUGCGGUUCUACAUGAAACCAAACCGGGCCGACGGCUCGGCGUCCAUCCUGGUAGCCGAGAACCUCGACUAUGAGACAACGCGCUUCUUCACGCUCAGAGUGCGCGUGCAGAAUGUCGCUGCUGUGCCGCUCGCCUCCUUUACCACAGUCUAUGUUAAUGUGACGGACGUGAACGACAACGUUCCUUUCUUUCUGUCGUCCACCUAUGAGGCCACGGUUCCCGAAGGAGCGCAGAUGGGCACGUCUGUGGCUCAGGUGUCAGCCACUGAUCUGGACUCUGGUCUGCACGGGAUGAUCCACUAUGUGAUCCUGAAGGAUGAAAGUGGGGACUCUCAGUUCUUCAGCAUUGACUCCCACAGUGGGAUCAUCUUCACUCGAGCCUCUUUUGACCGUGAGCAGAAAGCUUCGUAUCUGAUAGAGGUGCAGUCACAGGACGGCUCGGAGUCGGCCCGACAAGGCCAGCAGGGCCAGCCUAACACAGACACAGCCUAUGUCAGGAUCUUCGUCACCGAUGUGAACGACAACGCCCCGGCAUUUGCCCAACCGGUGUAUGAGGUGAGCGUGGAGGAAGACAAGGAGGUCGGCUUCGUCCUCAUCACCGUCACGGCCAACGACGAGGAUGAAGGUGCUAAUGCCAAGCUGCGCUACCAGAUCACAUCAGGAAACACCAUGGGCACCUUCGACGUGGAACCUGAAGUGGGCACCAUCUUUGUGGCUCAACCUCUUGACUAUGAGAUGGAGCAGCGCUACGAGCUCCGGCUGGUGGCCUCAGACGGGAAGUGGGAGAACGAGACACUGGUGGUCGUUCAGGUGGUAAAUCGCAACGAUGAGGCACCAGUUUUUAGCCAGACCGAGUAUCACGCUGCUGUGAUGGAAGAACUCACCCAGCUUCCUGUUUUCAUCCUAGAGGUAUCAGCUACAGAUCCCGAUCAGGAAGCUGACCAGAGUGCUCUUCGCUACUCCCUCCAUGGCCAGGGCGCUGGUGGUGAGUUUACCAUUGAUGAGCGCACUGGAAGAAUCUAUGCUCAACGUCGACUGGACCGCGAGGAGCGCCCUGCCUGGAGAUUCCUUGUCCUCGCCACAGAUGAGGGAGGGGCAGGUCUCACAGGAUUUGCUGAUGUACUUUUAGAAGUCAGAGACAUCAAUGACAAUGCUCCCUUCUUCCCCUGCCCAGCACUGGAAGUAGAUGGUUGUUUUGUUGGUCAAGUGCCUGAAAAUUCACCUGCAGACACAUCCGUCAUGGAGAUGCGUGCCAUGGAUCUGGAUGACCCCAAUGAGGGCAGGAAUGCCUUGCUCACAUACAGCAUCAUCAAGAACAUUCGCAACGAGAUCAACCUCAACCUGUUCUCUAUCAAUGCCACUACGGGCACCAUCUACACAGUACUACGCUCUCUGGACAGGGAGAUGGAGGACCGGUAUCUGGUAGUGGUGGAGGCCCGUGAUGGAGGGGGUUUGGCAGGGACAGGGACAGCCACCAUUAUGGUUUCAGAUGUCAAUGACCAUCCACCCAUCUUCACUCAGAGACUCUACAAUACUCAGGUGACUGAGGACCUUGAGGUGAAUAGCGAGGUUCUUGUAGUUUCUGCCACAGAUGGAGAUGAGGGUGAGAAUGCUGUGGUAACCUUCAGCAUUGUAGGUGGUGAUGAAGACAGAAAGUUCUUUGUGGAGACAGACAAAGUGAAUCGACGUGGCGUAAUAAAACUUAAGAAGAAAGUUGACUUUGAGAAGCCUAACGAAAGGACUUUCAAUCUGACCCUGAAGGCCGAAGACGCUGAUUUCUUCAGCCUCGCCUAUUGUCUCAUUCAAGUGGAAGACUCCAACGACCAUCCUCCUGUCUUCUUUCCACAAUUCUAUGAGUCACCAGCUAUGUCUGAAGAUGUGCCAGUGGGGACAAUUGUUGCUCAAGUUACAGCUUCUGAUCUAGAUUCUGGCCAAAAUGGGCGUUUCUCUUACAGUAUAUCCAAAGAGUCAGAUCCCUACAAUCAGUUCCUGGUGGACCAGUCUGGUUGGGUUGUAGUUGCUGAUUCUUUGGACAGGGAGAAAAUUUCACAGCACAGGAUCAUGGUCUUGGCUACAGACGCAGGGAUUCCCCCCCUGACUGGCACUGCCAUUGUUGUGGUGACUGUACUUGAUGUUAACGACAACGGGCCAGAGUUUGAGGUCCUCUACAAGCCUGUUGUUUGGGAGAACACAGCUGCGCCUCAGCCAGUGAGAAUGAAUGAAACCUCCUUGCUCCUUCAUGCCACCGAUCGCGACACCUCCACCAACAGUGGGCCAUUUUCCAUACGGCUUCUGAUGCUCACCUCAGACGCCACCAACUUUAACCUGACGGACUUUCGGAACGGAAGCGCAGCCAUCACCGCGCUCCGUGCUUUUGAUCGUGAGCGGCAGAAGGAGUACCGCCUCCCAAUUCUCAUGAUUGACAGCGGCUCUCCUCCAAUGAGCUCUACUAGCACGUUGACAGUUGUGAUCGGCGACAGGAAUGAUCAUCCCCACUCACCUGGACACACCAACUUUAUUGUCUACAGUUAUGAAGGUAUUCUCCAGACGGCAGUGCUCGGACAAGUUCAAUCCCCCGACCUUGAUGACUGGAGUGAGAAAGUGUACCGUUUUGAAGGCAAACCAACCAGGUUGUUCAGUCUGAACCAGAGCUCAGGUCAGCUCAGUAUUAGGGAGGGAACUCCCCCCGGCUCAUACCACCUGCAGGUUCGUGUAUCCGACAGCACCUGGCCAGACGUCACCUCCACCGCCCAAGUAGACGUCACAGAGCUGCACCACGUUGCCUUGCAGCAUGCUGCCUCCAUCCGCCUGAGCAACCUGACAGUGGAGGAGUUUUUCAGUAGUAGUGGUGGAGGUGAGAAGAGUCGCUUUUCCCGUCUGGGUCUGACGUUGGCUGAACUCCUGCAGACUUUGCCGGAAAACGUCCAGAUCUUCUCUGUGGGUGAUGCCAGCAAACAUGGUGGGAGGGCGCUUAAUGUUUGGUUUGCUGCCCACGGCUCUCCCUACUACAAGGCUGAGAAACUGCACGGCUACGUGGCAGCAAACAAGGCCAAGCUGGAGGCCAUUCUGGGCGUGUCCAUCUCUCAGGUGGGUGUGGAUGACUGCCCAUACACAGACUGCAGCCAGUCUGGAGGUUGCAGCAAUGAGGUUUCAUUCAGCCAGGCACCGGUGGCUCUCAGCUCUGGUAACAUCUCUCUGGUGUCACUGGCGGCCUCUUUGACUGCGCAAUGUGGCUGCCGGGGCCGUGAGGCAGUCCACCUGUCCUGUUCUGCUUACCCCGUCAACCCAUGCCUCAAUGGGGGCACCUGCCAGGACGGACCAUUGGGAUACCGAUGCAAGUGUCCUCCCAUGUACGACGGCCCCGAGUGUCAGCAGACCAAACACAGCUUUGGCGGCCAGGGUUACGCCUGGUUCCCUCCCAUCAAACCUUGCUAUCAGAGCCACAUCUCCCUGGAGUUCCUGGCUGAGUCGGCCAAUGGGCUGCUCCUCUACAACGGGCCGCUUGGUAAUGUUCACUCUGGGGUGCAGGAGGACUUCAUUGCCAUUGAGUUGAGAAACGGCGUUCCAGCUCUGAGCAUAAACCACGGAUCAGGAACACUCACUUUGCAGUUUCCUCCCAAAUCCACUGUCACCGACCGACGCUGGCAUCGCCUCGACAUCAUCAGUGACGGAAAGGCUGUCCAGCUGAUCCUGGACCAGUGUGGAGGGGUGGCUGUGAAUGAGUUGGAGACAGAUGAGUCCAGCUGUAGAGCUGCAGGAGAGACACCUGGAAAUCAGAAGUAUCUGAAUGUUUUCCAGCCUCUGCAGCUGGGAGGGGUGAAGGAAAUGUCCCCUCACAGACAUUACCGCAGUUUCACUGGCUGCAUCCGCAACCUGGUGGUCGACAGUCAGGUGUAUGAUUUGGCAUCUCCCGGUGAGAGUGUGGACAGCACCCCAGGUUGUAAGCUCACAGACGGCGUGUGCGUAACGGCGGCGGGACCCUCAUGUGGGAUUCACGCAACCUGCCUCGCAGACUGGGGCUCGUUCAGCUGCGAGUGCCACGCUGGAUACACGGGGCACAAGUGUGACAGGGCCAUGCCAGAGUUCUCCUUCGAUUCGGGCAGUGUGGUACGCUUUCAGCUCAGAGGAGGCGGCAUCUCCCGACGCACAAACAUUCAGCUGCUCGUCCGAACCAGAGCCACCUCAGGGACCCUGCUGUCUGCGACGUCCCGGGAGACCAAUGAAUACAUCGUACUGGAGAUCACAGAGGGUCACAUCUCAGUACGUGCCAACCUUGGUGACGGCGCUCACGCUUUGCGGCUUCCCGGCCAGCGGGUGGAUGUCGGGCAGUGGGUCCUGGUCAGCCUCAGUCGCUAUGACAACAUGUUUACCCUGCGGUUAGAGCACGGCGGGGGCUCGAGGGAAGUGCAGGCCCGCCUGGGGAGCCGCAGGGAGAUCGUGGUUCAUCCAUCCAGCCUAAUGGUUGGUAAUGGACCAGACAAGGCUGACUUCCAGGGUUGUCUGCGGGAUGUUCGAUUUAAUGGUCACGUCCUGCCUCUGGAUGGCCAGAGCCGGGAUCUGGUGACGGUGCUGGAGAGACGUGGUGUCACCUCAGGGUGCUCUAGCAAUGCCUGCAGCAGCCAGCCCUGCCGCAGCCCGCUGCGAUGCAUCGACUUAUGGAGGAAACACCAGUGCAAGUGUCCUGGUGGUCAGGUAACCGUGACUGACGACUCAGGUCAGCAGCGUUGCGCGCCGUCGCCCUGUGGACCUUCUUCCUGCCGUAACGGUGGUGUCUGCCAGCCGCUUUCGCCCGAUAGCUACCGGUGCCAAUGUCAGGAGGGUUUCAGGGGUCAACGCUGCGAGCUGGGGCAGGUCAAAGGUCACCGGCUGCCCGCUCUGAGCCCCAGCUCCAUCUUGGCCAUCAGCAUGUGUCUGCUCGUCUUCUUCGCGGUGCUGGUGGCAGUGACAGUGUGGAACCAAAAAGGCAGCCGAAAUAAGUUCAGGAAGCGAGGAGUUUACCACAUCCCUGCUGAGCAUGAGAGCUGGGAGGACAUCCGAGAAAACAUUCUCAACUACAAUGAAGAGGGAGGAGGAGAGCAGGACCAGGCCAACUAUACCAGCGAUGCAACCUACGCUAAUUACACUGCUCAUGUAAACAGAGACGUGGAGACAAGCGACGUAGGCAGUUACACUGAUGCCCCGCCUGGCUCACGCUCCCACGUGGACUUUAGAAGCUACGUGGCGCGAAUCAUUUGGGAGGCAGACAAUGACAAUGAGGCUUUCCCGCCAGACGCCUACCACGUCUGGUGCGUGGAAGGCUCCGGGUCGUCGGCAGGAAGCCUUAGUUCACUGGGGUCCGCAGUGUCCCAUAGAAACAUCAACACAGGCGACGGUGAUCGGGACGACGGGGAAGAGGAGGAAGAUGAUGGAGGUUUUGUUUAUGACAGACUCUCGCGAUGGGGCCCAAAGUUUCAGGCACUCAGUGAGAUGUACGACCGACCACAGCUGACCCUCACAUACAGGGAUGCAAUGGCGUACAUACAGAGGAGCCACAGCCAUGACCCCCUGCCACAUCACCAUUAGAGGGUGCUACCCAAAUACAAGUACACACUCAUAGAACAUUUGCCACAGUGGAAAGGGACUCAGUGCUGUGAUCUUGUCAAAUUUGGAAAAAAAACAAAACAAGGAUGGCUGGUCAGGUAUUGUUUUGUAUGGCUGGGAAUAUGUUUAAAAUAUGUGUUUUAAUAUUAAUUUUCUGAUGUUGAAAUAUAUAUAAAUAUACUCACUGUUCUAAAGACAUACAAAUUUGAAUUUGUUUGUCCUGAACAAAUCCACCCUUUUUCUUGAUUUUCAGCUGUAAACCUUUACAGUUUGUGGUCUCUAAGCAAACUGGUCCAAACAAGUGAUAUUUUCAUAUUUUCUUUUGGCUAAUUAAAUGUCAGAUUAUGGUUCAUGUCAGAGUUUAGUGAAGCAAGAUGAGUUUGCCACAUUAAUUAAAAAUAACGAGGCAUAAAGAAGCAAUUAAGAACAGAAACACAAUGAAUGAAGCAGAAGAAGCAAAGCUGGGAGGACUGUGCAUUCUUAUUAGAGUUGUCUGACAGGGACGAGCCCUCAGCAGCAGCAGCAGUUAUUCAAGAGAGUUUUACAAGUAGAAACAGGUGAUAAAUGACAGAUAUCAUGCGUCGUCCAGGUAAACAGGGUAAAAACUCAUAGAUCAACAUGAAAUUUACCCAGAUUAUUAUUUACAUUAAGGAUAUAAUGUUUCAAUAUGCAAGUGAGGCAUUAUAUCUUAAUAUGUGCCAAUUUGCACAAUCUUACAGGAAUCUGAAUGGAUAGAUAAAGUCAGAUUCUGAAUUUGUUGGCACAUGAGUCUUUUUAGCACUCCAUAAAUCAGAAACUUUUAUCAACAGCCAGAUUUAAAAAAAAAUCACCAUGUUUUUGGGAUGACAUGUGCAAAAGCCAUCUGUAAAUCCUUCAGAAAUCCUGACACGUUGGGCCAUGCAAGUACAAGAAGGAAAGAAACAAAUCAGAGUAACUGACCAAAGAAAUAUGUUUGCAUACUUGUAUUUACUCUUACAGAUUUUAACAAACGGUUAUCAACAUAAAUCGUGUCGGUGUAAGAGCUUGAAACCUGGACUUUUUGGAAACGUUUCACCUCGUUUCCAAGAGGCUUCUUUCAGUUCAGUUCACUCAUUUUUAAGCUCUUAAGACAACAUCAAAGUUCUUUACUUAAGUAUCAUGAACAUCUAAUAAACUAAAUUUACUUCACUGAUAUUGAAGUUAUUACCAGCGCAUGAAAAAAAAUAUUUGUGUUGUAACGUAUCAUCUUUUAAAUAUUGACUGGUUUAGUUGAAAAAAGAACAGAAAGACAUUUGGCUGUGUCAGGCAGAUACGCUACAAAGCUAAGGUAACAACAAGGAGGAUGUUCAGUCUGCCCCAAUGACUGAAAACACUUGUAUGGCUUUGGAGAGUUUGAUUGGUUACUUAGAAUUAUCAGCCAUGAUUGGCUGCCAGCCCUUAAGGACGCUGGUCCAGCCACUGUCUGUAAUGCUGUGGUCACUGUGUCAUGUGGAGCAAACAGGAAAUCUGGGCAGAGAAACUUUAAAGUGAGUAAACCAAACUGAGAAAUGUCACCAAAGUCAUAAAUCGCAGCUGUAAGUGCAGACUUACAGCUGUAAUCGCAUUACUCUGAUGUUUUAACUUUGGAAAAAAAUGGAGACAAUUCAAGUAAAAGGCAAAUUGGCAGACAUUUCCUUCAUUCUCACUGACCUUCUCGAGUUUUUUGUGUAUUCAUUUAUUUCAGUGCAAGCUCCACCACGGUGUUUCUUCAAAACGCACCACUAAAACAAAAAAGAAAGAUUGUCUUAUCUCUAAAUUGAUUCUCGGUAUGUUUGUGGCACAAAUGGGAUUGAAUAUUAUCAUAUCUUACCUGAUAUGAAACAAAAAAAUCUCUCUCUGGUGGGGCAGGAACGCAGCAGCUCUGUUCCCCCCGUGUAGAUUAAUCGCCACAGAAAAGCUGAGACAGGGCGCGAGGUUCAUUAUGUGAUCUUCGUGUUUCUUCAAAACCGAGGUUACCAGUUCAUCUUUGAGCUUAACACAGGAAUACAUCACUCAGCUUUUAUUUAUUUUGCUUGUACUUCUUCCUUUUAGAAGCGGUGUACUCUGUUUAUUUAAUUAUCAGGGCAGUUUGUGGGUUGCUGUUUUUCGUUCCAUGGAAAAUGCAGACUUUCAAGGUCAAAAGUUUCUCUUUUCUGGAGGAAAAUAACAUCAAAUUAUGUCAGAAAUGUUCAGAACGAGGGGAGCUUUGUAUUUAGAGAAAUAGUCUGGUAAGAAGGACUUGAUGUAGAAAUCUAACAAAGACAGCUCCGAGUUCUUCUUUCAGGGAAUUUUAAAGUACUAUUUGAAUCUUUUUAUCUUUGGCAUGGCUUUUUUUUUUUUUUUGACCCUCCUGCACAGCUCCACACCUGUAAACAAAAACUCAAUUUCAUACAGAAGCACUACCAAGGUCAAGCUUUUCUUCUACGCUUUUAUUUUCCUAAGAAAUAUCUUUUUUGCUUCUCUACCUUCUGCGUUUCCACAGAUUAACCUGACCUCAAGAAACCCUCCAGUAACCAGCGUGCAUUUCUCUUUGCCGUUCUUGUUGCACUAGCAGGCGAGUCAGUUCUCCAUCUUCAAGACGUAGAAAGUUAACAAUUAAAAGCCUUGUGAGUUCACCAAGUGAAACACUUUGCAGCCUACAGCGUCUCCACCGUGUAAAAUGAGCUUUGCUAGUAUGUUUUCAGAUGACAUUAUUUUUGUAACCCCCGUGUAGAAACUCCCCAGAAGCUCCUUUUCACUUGCAGUUGGUCGUGCACUGUUAAUAUUUUUGCUUUUUCUAAAAAAGAAAAAAAAAACAGGGAGCACCCUGUUAGACCAGUGUUUCCGAAGGCUGAACCACUGUCAAAUAUAAACACUGAAACUGUGAAUCCAUUUGGAAAUCAACAUGGCAGCCAGAGGUACUGAAACUAAGUCACGCUCAGACAUUGCUGUGAGCUGGAAGUGAAAAUUGUGAUACAUGUGAAGAUGGCUUUUAACAAAAAGGCAAAAAUUACUUACUUUGUUUCCUUUUAUGAAAAUGCAGGAUAUUCACUAUAUGCAAGUCUUUCUCUUAUAAAGUAAUCCUACUAAAAUACAGUAAUGUGCAAGUAAGUCUUGAGUCACCUAUCUUUUCUUUAUAUUUUGCUUGGAAAUAGAUAAGCACUGUUUGAAAGUCAAUAUUCAAUAAGACCACCUUUAUUCUUCAUUCCAGUUAUUCCAUAUAUUCGUUUGACGUUGGCUGCUCUGUCAGAAUGAUCGUUCAGUAAUGUUAAAGUUCCGGCUCUAGGAAGGCCAGGCUAUGACUCCUACUACACUGGCUAAAUGGCAGCCCCAAACAAUGACACAGCCUCCACCGUGCUUUAUCGAUGGCUGUAAGAUGAAUUGUAACUAGAACUGGUUCUUUGCUAAGUUGUCUGUUAGUUGUCUCAAUGGAAACAGGUCUGAUGGUUUUAUGAACACAACACUGCUUCAUCCCUCGAGUUUGGUGCCUUUUAUGCUUCAAUCAUCCAUAUAUAUGGCCAAACAAACAAAAAAGCCUUCCCCUGAAAGUAGUCGGGUACAAGGAUUGAACUGAAAAUGAAUGGAAAAAACAGCCAGUGCCCAAAGAAAAACUCUGGAAGACCUUUGGAAAACUUUGUAGAAGUAUUUCUCAGCACCACCGUGCUUGGAAGCAAAAUAUAAAGAAGGUGACUCAAGACGUCUGUACUGAGUUGUUGUUUAAAUUUUAUUUAACAGUAUAUAACUUUAUUGAUGUCACAUGGCCACUGUUAAACUGCUUACUUGUUAGGAAAAAUUAAGAGUGGGGCUCAUAAACUUCCAGUUUAAAGUAUCUGCAGCCUCUAAAAUACUAAUAAGUAGGUGUGAAUGCAGAACAAGCUUCUACCAGUUUCUAUUAAAACUUUAUACAUGUUGGAGCAGAAAAUCGAGUGCGUGUGCAUGGAAUGCUCUGCAGCUAAUAAAUCAGCGCUGUUUUGAAUAUAACCAUUACAAAGUGACCAAACUUGAGCCAAUGAGCACUGCUCAAAGUGAGUAACACUGAUACUUUCUGUUCUUGCAAACCUGACCUAAACUCUCUCAAAUCCAGCACUGAUUCCCUGUUUUUUAUUUAGUGGCUGCUUAAUAAUCUUCUCAUAUUCCAUAUCUGUAAAAUGGGCUGUUUGAUUUGGAGCACAAACAUUUCGUUCUGUUCCUUUUGAAGCUACCUGAUGUUUUUUUGUUGCCAUCCUUUGACGGUAAAUUUCUUAGAUGAUUUCCCUGAUAAAUGAGGACCAGAACAGGAGAGGUUAGACUUCUCUUGUGUGCACAACAGGACACCAGCUUUUCCUUCUUCAACUUUUAAAGCAGCCAAAUGUUUAUUGGUUCUGGCUGCAGAUCAGUGUCGUGUCUGAUGGUUGUUGUCCAGCCUACCUCUUGGCUAAGUAUAUUGUCAUUACAGCGCCUGAUGAAUGUAGUUUUUAAAUAGAGAGAGUGAGAAAACCUGUGGAGGAAGUCUGAGCAAGUAAAGUACAAUCACAGAACUCGGCGUAACUCAAUCCUCAGCCAGCAAAAAUGGCAACAUAGAUAAACAUUUCCUGAUAUUUUAAAGGUUUUGCACUUACGUAGUCAUGGUUUUCUUCCAGAUACAGUCAGAAUAAUUUUUUUUAAUUCGAAAGCCAGUAUAUUUGCCUGCUAGGCUCGGAGAUUUGUACUGCGUAGACAGAUUCUACAGAUAAGACGUUUUCAAUUCAGUGGUUUCCCCCCCUUUCUUUUGGAAAAUGAAUUUUAAAAAAUGUUUAAAAAAGCCUUGUAAGAACUGUACUUAAAGCUAUGCAUCCAAAUAGAAUAACACAGGUGUCUUUUUAUAAACUAUUGUGAAGCUUCAGAUGUUUUGACCUGUAUGUGUGCAACAUCUGUUGAAUUUUGUUUAACACAGAUGCGUGAACAUUUUUAUUGAAUUCAUAUGCAUUUAUUAGAGUAAAGGUUUAAAGUGUCAUUUACCACAGAGCUGUGCUGAUCUGUAUAAUAAGAUGUACAAAUGAACGUUUUAUAGCAACCUAAUGUGGAAUAUUCCUUUUGUAUGUGACUUUUAAUUAAAAAGAAAAACUUUUCUU